AUGCAAUUGUCGGUAUAUCUCCGGCGAUUCGAUCGACUUCGGAUUGUUUACACUUCCUCCGUUCGGUUUCUAUCUGGAAAUUCCAUUUCCAAUGUUGACGAUGAUAACCUUCGAAGUUCCGAUUACGAUCAGAAAACAGUAUGCGAAGCGCUCACAUGUUACGGUAACGAUUGGCAAAAGGCGAUGGAGUUUUUCAACUGGGUCGAGAAAGAAUCCGGAUUCAAACACACCACCGAGACAUUCAAUCGUAUGAUUGAUAUUCUGGGUAAGUAUUUCGAGUUCGAAACAUCCUGGAGUUUGAUUAAUCGAAUGUCUGAAAAUCCAGUCUCGGUCCCGAAUCAUGUGACGUUUCGUGUAAUGUUUAAGCGUUAUGUUAUGGCACAUCUUGUUCAGGAAGCUAUGGAUACGUAUGAUAGAUUGGAUGAUUUCAAAUUGAGAGAUGAAACAUCUUUUUAUAACCUUGUUGAUUCGCUUUGUGAGCAUAAGCAUGUGGUUGAAGCAGAAGAGCUUUGUUUUGGGAAGAAUGUGAUUGGUAAUGGUUUUAGUGUGAGUAAUACUAAGAUUCAUAAUCUGAUUCUUCGUGGUUGGUCGAAAUUGGGAUGGUGGGGUAAAUGUAAGGAGUAUUGGGAGAAGAUGGAUAGUGAAGGUGUAGCUAAGGAUUUGUUUUCGUAUUCGAUUUAUAUGGAUAUAAUGUGUAAGAGCGGAAAACCGUGGAAAGCUGUGAAAUUGUACAAGGAAAUGAAGAGUAAAAGGUUAAAACUCGAUGUUGUUGCUUAUAACACUGUGAUUCGCGCCAUUGGAGCUUCGCAAGGUGUUGAAUUUGGUAUCAGGGUGUUUCGAGAGAUGAGGGAAAGAGGUUGCGAACCUAAUGUUGCGACGCAUAAUACGGUUAUUAAGCUUCUAUGCGAAGACGGGAGGAUUAAGGACGCGUAUCGGAUGCUUGAUGAGAUGCCUAAGAAAGGAUGUCAACCUGAUUCGGUUACUUAUAUGUGUCUCUUUGCGCGGUUGGAGAAACCGAGUGAGAUUCUAAGUCUGUUUGGUAGGAUGAUAAGGAGUGGAGUUAGACCAAGGAUGGAUACUUAUGUGAUGCUUAUGAGGAAGUUUGAGAGAUGGGGAUUUCUUCAGCCGCUUUUAUUUGUGUGGAAGACGAUGAAAGAGUCUGGUGAUACUCCUGAUUCAGCCGCUUAUAACGCUGUGAUCGAUGCUUUGAUUCAGAAAGGAAUGUUGGAUAUGGCUAGGGAAUAUGAAGAUGAAAUGGUUGAAAGAGGUCUAUCUCCAAGGAGAAGGCCUGAGUUAGUAGAAAAGUCCUUAGAAGAAACGUUAGUUUGUCCAUAA